UGCGAGCGUCCGAGUCAUUGCUCUUCGCGUGCGCACCGCAUACUCGCGCCCGGCGCCCUCGCAGCUCAGUGUUAUUAUAGUGGCCGGUGUUCUGUGUAAGCGGUCCAAAAUGAAGACGAGACAAGUAUUAUUGGCUUGUUUGCUAUGUGUAGCUGCGCAGGCGAUUGCAAGCAGUGACGACCGGUUCAUCAAAAAAUACGCCAUGAUGAAGAUUUAUGAAAGUUGUUUCGGUCCAGAAGUUGUGAAGCAAAUAAGAAAGGAAAUGAAAGAGGCUUACGCAAAAUGCUCUGCUCCACCACCGCCGCCAACGCCAUCUUUUGACGAGCCGGCGAACUCUUUACCUUCCAUCUUACUCGGCAAACUACCGCCUGGGUUCUCAAUAGACCCGAGCACGCAAACUAUUACAAAACCCACAGAUGGCGCUAUGCACAACCAAGAAAAUGAUUUGCCUGAACAUCCACCCCAACAACCACAAAAACCUGGAGUUUUGGCAUUUAGGCCUCAUGGGCCCUCAUUCCCGCAGCAGCCACAACCGCAGAUUCCUCCCUACUUGAUGCCAAACCCACAAUUCCGUCCGUUCAGCCCCGCCACCCCCUUCUACCAGUUCCCCUACAGCGCCCCGGGGCUGUUCUACCCCCCACAGUACAACCCCUACCAGUACCCACAACAGUACCCCCAAGGGUUCUACCAGCAACAACCUUACUAUGGAAAUAAUAGGAUGUCUCGGGAUAUGGACCUCCGCGACCGCCUGGACAUCAUCUCCCGCGGGCCGGGCGCCCCCGCAGCCGGCCGCGUGCGCAACAUCACCUGCGUGAUGCAAGAACUCGGGUACAUCGACCACAACCUGGAGCCCAACUACGAACAGAUCACGCAGCGCAUCAGCAACCUACCCGUAUCCUCAGAGCUCAAGGGAGACAUACAGGAUGGCCUGCAGUUCUGUCAGAAAUUCUCGCAAUGCGUCCCAGAUGUGAAACGUGACGUGGCGCCUCUCUCUCAGGAGCUGAUCAAACCCAUGUUCUUCUUCCGCUGUUAUAAGCACAAGAAGCUGGAAGCAUGCAUCAUGAAAGACAUCCGUGAACGUUUCACAAGCGAAGAUGAAUUGGAAACUGACAGCGAUUUCAGGUCCCUUUCCCGGUCAGCGAGGUCUAUCCGCGAGGACCUCAACGACCCUCGUUUUGAAGCUUUGGACGAGAUGGCCGUCUACUUGUAUGACUACCUGAGCGGGGGGAACGGGUUCGAUUUCGACCUCUACAUGUGAAGACUGGAUAUAUUAUAGUGCGGUUGGAGUAGGGAAAUGGUGCCUGUUCUGGGACACACCAACCUAACCUAAUUUUAGUCUGACAGCUUUUUAACUAGUGCCUUCCUUCAUUUACAACAAGUGUAAGAAAAAGAUCGAGCUAUGUUCAUAGUCCUGUCAAAUGAAGUUAAAAUUAAGUUAGUGGUUGUCCGAGUUGGCACCUAUAUCGAUGGUGGGGUAUUUUGACACCUUCAGGGACACAGACCUCGGGUCAUUGACCUUUAGAUAAUAGCUACACUUGGAAUUAUAUCGCAUUGAAGAACAGUAUGGAUUGCAGUCCACCUCCGAUUUUGCUCUACUCAAACCUGAAAAAAGUAGAUAAAUAAUUUAGUGAGACGAUUCCCUUGCAUCUACGAGUAAAACCUGUAGGUAAUAUAAUCACUGGCCAUAGAAUGUAAAUGUACGCCGAAAAUUAUCGCGACGCAAAAACUAAAGGAUUUUAUUAAGUAGAUACGUACUUUGGUACUUUACAUUGUUUGCGAAGACUACUUUCAUGCAUUUAUAUAAUUAAUAGAUAAUUACGUAAUUAGGUACCUAAGUACUUACCUAUAUUGUCUCAAUGGCCAUUCAAAUUGCAUUUACUAGAUCGUCUUAAUUAACUUAGAUACUUUAGUGUAAGUUAAACCGAUAUUCUGGCAAAUGGUAAAUACUCUGGGACGUUUGCUGCAUUAUAAAUCGACAAGCCACUAUUUAUCCGACUUGAAAAUAAAGAGGUUGUCAACUAGACGAUUUAAGUUAAUUUUCUAUAAAAUUGCAAUUGUGUACUUGCUUAUUUGAAAACCUUACUACUGUAGGUAAUUAUUUAAUCCAAUCAACUUAAAUACUUACUCUUAGAUAGAACAGAAUCGAUCGGCCUAAUCUGAUCCCAUGAAAAUAAAUGAAUCUGAUAGGUUGGCAGUACACAUCAUCUAAAUUUAUUUUAAGUUAUACCUGUCCGCUGAAAAGGAAAGGGACGGGAAAUCGACUGGCAUACAAUUUAUGUAAUACACGUCUAUUUUAGGCAGAAAUUGAAAACUCCCAAAACUUUAUAUUGGCUAAUAACCUGACAGAAUUAAGUUGACAGCUCACGUCAAAUGCAUAUCAGCGAGAUGCGUAAGUAUUCUAUUCGCCCGGGUUAUUCAUUCAAUCACUCAUUUUAAAAUUCACAGUUGUCAAUCAUCCGUCCUUUUUCUUUCCGGUUGAUAAGAAAAUUACGGGUAUAACUUAAAAUAAAAUUAGGAGGGCGGGCCAUUACGUCACUAUGAUAAUGAACGCCACAACAUUGGCUUCUGUACUUUGACAGAUCUAACUCGUACCGCUAUUGUAUUCAGUAUCUAUACUGAAAUCACUAAUUGUACAGAACUAGAUACAUUCAUACAUUUAUUUAUAUUUAUUUAUUUAUUUAUUUUUUUGCUUCGAUCCUGACACACUUCUCUUGCACUACUUUUAAACAGAACUAGAUGUUCUGUUUAAUAAUUCUUAAUAUAAUAAUUAGUUACAGUACUCAAAUUAUAAUGUAGCAAACUUGGGUUCUUGUCAAUUAAGCUCUUAAUUGUGAGCUUUUUAGACAACAACGGUUUUUAGUUUUAAUUUUUUAGUGUGUAGUUAAGAUCCUAUAAGAUUACAAACAAAAUGAAUCAAAAUUGCAUUUAAUAGUUAAUUUAAGUCUGCCCUUAAGUUAUUUUAAGCUGUGCCUUAAGAGAUUUUUU